CUUUUUUCCAAACAGUCCCUUCUUGUGGCGGUUCAUGUAGUUCUCAAUAUCCGAGUCCGAUGGCAGCUUCUGUUUCUGUGAAAGUGGGCUCGCGGACCGUAUAGGGGGCGCUGUACCGGCUCGAUUCUACAAGACAAGCAUUCCAUAUGUUUCCUAAAAUGAACUUUGGGUCCAGUAUGGAGCGAUUAGAAGAGGUGACACUGGAGGAAUGGAAUGAUCGACUCCAGCAGAUUCACCCCACCAGGGCAGACAUGAACAAACUGGUGAUGAAUUACCUGGUCACAGAGGGGUUCAAGGAGGCUGCAGAUAAGUUCCAGAAGGAAUCUGGGGUGCAGCCAAUGGUAGACCUGGAACAGUUAGAUGAGCGAAUCAAAAUCAGAGAGGCCAUUCAGGAGGGAAAGAUACAGGACGCAAUCUCAUUGGUCAACAGCAUCCAACCAGAACUCCUGGACAAUGACAGAUACCUAUACUUUAGAUUACAGCAACAGCAACUGAUUGAGCUGAUUAGAGAGAAGAAUGUGGAGGCAGCACUCGAGUUUGCUCAAACUCAGUUGGCUGAGCGUGGAGAGGAGAAUCCAGAAGUAUUGUCAGAGCUUGAGCGCACUCUAGCUCUGCUAGCAUUUGAGAACCCAGAGUCAUCUCCCUUUGGAGAGCUUCUUCAUCCCUCACAAAGGCAAAAGGUGGCCAGUGAACUGAAUAUCAGGAGUUUACUUUACACCAAAGCAGCCAACCUAAUAACUCCUGUUUUUGGUUAA